AUGGUCGGAUACGCCUACCCCUCCUCCACCGUCCUGGUCGCAGCUCUCGCCAUCAUCACGCACGCUACUCCCAUAUAUGCCACCCCCUUGUCUGCGCCAAACGCCCAUGCUAAUGCUCACGAGGCUUCGCACCCCCGCGACGGUGGCGAUCAGCGACUUGCACUGGAUCUUGAGGCUCGUGCCCUCUCCAUGAAGCACGUCAUGGGAUCCGCUGCGAUGGCAGCCGCCCUCCAGCCGGUUAUCAAUUAUUUCGUCAACCCUCCUAAGAAAGAAGAGCCCAAGAAGGAAAAAGAGCAGCAGCAAAAGCGAGAUAUCGUCGACGGGGCUGAAGAUCCUUUGUUCCCACGCGCAUUUCCUGACAACUUCGAGGACGGUAACGGGUCCCUCGAGCGGCGCCUUGACUGGAAAUCUGCGGGCAAAUACUACGGCCCCGGACUCUUGGGUGCUGCGCUCACGCCUAUGUUCACGCAUGUUCUGAACCACGUGGCCGGGCGUUCUUUGGACGACGAAAAGUCGGGACUGAGCGGCGAGGAUAUGAAGGAAAUCGUUGCGCGUGCGCUCGAAUCACUCCAGGACCUAGAAAACGUCGGCCGCCUCGAAGCUCGUACCACGCCUCCCCGAACGGGCAUGUCCGCGAAGACAAAAGACCGCCUCAUGACGUGGGGUCCUGCGGCCCUGGGGGGGUUGGUAUACCCCGUGGCGUCACUAAUCAUGGACAAGGUGCGAGCGGGGCAGGAUAGUAAGGAGAAGAGGGAGUUGAAUGAGAUGUUUGCUCGUAUGCUGAUUGAGGGUGGGUUGGAUUCACUUGAUUAG